GCUAAGUGGUCCCAGUCCAGUUGGUCUCACAUGCAAAUUGUAUCAAUGCCGACCAGAGCCGUCGACUAGAUUUAAAUGCCACCGGAGCGCUGGUGUGAAGCAAAUCGCUGACUAGAACCUAUUUCUUCCCUCCAUUCUUCAGCGCUAUCUAUCCGCCAUACACACCAAAGGUCGACCACCAUCCAAAGUCGACCGCCAUUGUGAUUAACAAGACCAACCAUCCCUGCAGAACGUAGAUAGGCCCGGCCCGCCUGCACAAUGUCCAAGGUUUUCACCACAAGCGACGUCGCGUCGCACAACAAGCCUAACGACUUGUACAUCAUCGUGGACGGCGACGUCUACGACUUGACCAAGUUCCAGGAUGACCACCCCGGCGGCAAGAAGAUCCUUACCCGCGUGGCAGGAAAGGAUGCAUCCAAGGCGUUCUGGAAGUACCACAACGAGGGUAUCCUCAAGAAGUACCAAUCGAAGCUGCAGGUCGGCUCAUUAGACACAAAGAAGGCCGCCGCACCAGCCCCGGCGCCUGCUGCCGUCGUCAAGAAGGAGCCCGCCAAGCCCAUCGUCAGGAAGAACAACGAGGAGUCCGAGGCCCUGGAUCCUUUUGGAGAGAUGAUUCCUUUCGGGGACCCGGGCUGGUACCAGAGCUACCACUCUCCCUACUUCAACGAGUCGCAUGCCGCUCUUAGGGCCGAGGUUCGCGAGUGGGUCCAGACGGCGAUCGAGCCCAACGUCACCGAGUGGGACGAGAAGAAGAUGUGCCCGCCCGAGAUCUACAAGGAGAUGGGUCGCCGUGGCUACCUGGCCGGUCUGCUGGGCACCAAAUACCAGAGCAAAUAUGUCGACAACCCUAUCAAGUGCGUGGCUGAGCAGGACUGGGACUUGUUCCACGAGAUGCUCAUCACAGACGAGCUCUCGCGCGCGGGCUCCGGUGGUUUCGUCUGGAACGUCAUUGGCGGUUUCGGAAUUGGUUGCCCGCCGCUCCUCAAGUUCGGCAAGAAGGCUCUGGUCGACAGGAUCAUGCCGGGCAUCCUCAACGGCGACAAGCGCAUCUGCUUGGCCAUCACGGAGCCCGAUGCAGGAAGUGACGUGGCCAACCUCACCUGCGAGGCCAAGCUGAGCGAGGACGGCAAGCACUACAUCGUCAACGGCGAGAAGAAGUGGAUCACCAACGGAAUAUGGUGCGACUACUUCACGACGGCGGUGCGCACCGGUGGUCCCGGCAUGGGCGGCGUCAGUCUGCUGCUCAUCGAGCGCGACUUUGGCGGCGUGACGACGAGGCGCAUGGACUGCCAGGGUGUGUGGUCCAGCGGCACGACGUACGUGACGUUUGAGGACGUCAAGGUUCCGGUGGAGAACCUUCUCGGAAAGGAGAACAAGGGUUUCCCCUGCAUCAUGACCAACUUCAACCACGAGCGCAUCGGCAUCAUCAUCCAGUGCGUGCGCUUCUCGCGCGUCUGCUUCGAGGAGUCGGUCAAGUACGCCAACAAGCGCCGCACCUUUGGCAAGCGGCUGAUCGAGCACCCCGUCAUCCGCUACAAGCUGGCCCACAUGGCGCGACAGAUCGAGGCCACGUACAACUGGCUCGAGAGCGUCGUCUACCAGUGCGAGAAGAUGGACGACACCCAGGCCAUGAUGCUGCUGGGUGGUCCCAUCGCCGGCCUCAAGGCCCAGGCCACGGUGACGUUCGAGUUCUGCGCCCGCGAGGCCAGCCAGAUCUUUGGAGGUCUGAGCUACUCGCGCGGCGGCCAGGGUGCAAAGGUUGAGAGGCUGUACCGCGACGUCAGGGCGUACGCCAUCCCUGGUGGCAGUGAGGAGAUCAUGCUCGACCUCAGCAUACGGCAGAGUAUGCGUGUGGCCAAGAUGAUGGGCAUGAAGCUGUAAACUUUCUCCGACUGUCUUAUUUUUUGUUAUCUGUAUGUAUGAAGUAUCUACGAAACGCGUUUUUGGAUGGUUUCCUUUGUACCUCGAAAAAUAUUCGAGACUGGAGUUUUUAGCACUGGCUAGCCAAGCCGGUUAGGAAGAAUGGCAACAAAAUAUUACGAGUAAACAAAGACCUGGUAAUCUUG